GGGGGUUUUGAUCGUGGAAUAUUUGCAUGUAUUUUUAAAGCCCUGCUGGUCUAUCAGAAGUGUCCUCUUGUUCACUUGCCCGACGUAAAUUUAAUUAACGGGCCGCCCUGGAGCAAUGACCGCCUUGGCAGGGACCGUUCCCAGGAUGAUGCGUCCAUUUCUCUCUCAAAACUAUUGCAAUGGAUUCCCGAUGGAGGUUUCCACACAGAUGGGCCAGGGUCGAGUUAACCAGCUCGGAGGAGUUUUCAUCAAUGGUCGGCCUCUACCAAACCACAUACGACACAGGAUAGUGGAGAUGGCCCAUCACGGGAUCCGGCCCUGUGUUAUAUCCCGCCAGCUCAGAGUCUCUCACGGAUGUGUAUCCAAAAUCCUGUGUCGGUACCAGGAGACUGGAUCCAUCCGGCCCGGAGUCAUUGGCGGGAGUAAAUCAAAGACUACAUCUCCAGCCAUGGAGAAGCGCAUUGAGGUUUAUAAACGGGAUAAUCCAGGAAUAUUCAGUUGGGAAAUCCGGGAUAAAUUGCUCAAAGAGGGUUUUUGUGACCAGAACAACGUACCAUCAGUGAGUUUAAUAAGCCGGAUCAUGAGAGGCAGAUAUGGUGCAAAAGGUGACGAAGAUGAGGAGGAUGAAGAGGACAUCGAAAAGCAAGAACACGUUCACAGGAGCGGACACAGCAUCGAAGGGAUUCUAGCAGACAGAUCGAUUCCAUCUGAUGAAGGUUCGGAUGUGGAGUCAGAACCCGACCUGCCCCUGAAAAGAAAACAACGCCGCACUCGAACCACCUUCACCGGCGAACAGCUGGAGGAGCUGGAAAGAGCUUUUGAACGCACACAUUACCCUGAUAUAUACACCAGAGAAGAGCUCGCACAAAGAGCCAAACUUACAGAGGCACGAGUGCAGGUGUGGUUCAGUAAUAGACGAGCUCGAUGGAGAAAGCAAGCAGGAGCCAAUCAGCUCAUGGCGUACAAUCACCUGAUCCCAGGUGGAUUUUCACACCCAGCGAUAUCCAGUCUCUCCCCGUAUCAGCUGUCAGAAAGCCCAUACCCACCCACUGGCCUCUCUCCAGAUUCAAAUACUCUACGCAGACCUCAGCCCCUCCCCCUGCCCUCAAGCCACCAGAGUUCUGGAGGGGCGUGGCAAGAAGGCGGGGCUUCCUACUGUCUCUCCAGUCGGCAUGGUUUCGCAGGAUAUUCUGAGACUUUCGGAUCUCAUAACAGUCACACUAACACUACCCUCAAUAAUGGACUAUCUUCUCAGGUUAUGGGACUAAUAUCCCCAGCUGGAGUUCCACACCAGACCCAGGCUGAGUAUUCUCUGUCCUCUCUCAGUGGUGCUCUGGAGUCGGGUGGUUCCCCGAGCACCACAUGUUCCCAGCGCAUGGAGCAUCUGUCUAGUCUACCUGCUCUCUCCAACAUGCCCAGUUCACAGUCCUACGGGCCACCUUCAUUAUACAACAUGGAACACAGCGCUCCCUACCAGUACAGCCAGUAUGGACAAAAUUCCAUUCAUUAUCUGAGGCCUGAAAUUGCCUGAACGGGUCAUACAGCUCAGAUGUCCAGUGGAGUAACGGUCUAAUUUGGAAUGAAACUCAAGACACGGGAGACAAAUAAGACAGAAAUAAGGACCGUUUUGAUUUUGUAAUUAAAAAUAAAAACCUUAUGCCAGCUGAAGGGGACACACACACACACACACACACACACACACACACAGCUUGUAGAUCACAAAGGCUUUUUUCCAUCUAGAACAUUCCCUUGAACUCUUCUUCAAAAGCCUUUCCAGAAGAAUAAUCCUCAAUUCCAGGGAACACAACAAGUCAAGUCGAAUCAAAACAAUGACAUUUGGACUAAACAGAGCCAUGUUUAAGUGCAAUAUAUGAGAACUACAAAUAUGUGGCUACAUUCAGACAAGACUUUUGUAGCCAUUGAGGUCUUUGCGUUUGAUACUGCUUGAUACUGUCUGUCUUUGGUUCCAGCGGAUAGCCAAAACGCAAGCGUGGGGACGAAAGCACUGGGCUGAUUAUGUACAGUGUUGCUC